CGCGCGGCUGGCGGCGGCGGCGGCGGCGGCCCCACGUGAGGCGCUCGGCGCGCAUCGCUCGGCGGGGGCCUUGCAGCCCGCUCGCCGCCGACCGGCCGGAAGCGGCGGGGAGCCGGAAGUGGCCCGAGUGAGGCGCCUGGGAGCGCGGCCGCGGCGCCAUGUCCCUCAUCUGCUCGAUCUCCAAUGAAGUGCCCGAGCACCCGUGCGUGUCGCCGGUGUCCAACCAUGUGUACGAGCGGCGGCUCAUCGAGAAGUACAUUGCCGAGAACGGCACGGACCCCAUCAACAACCAGCCUCUGUCUGAGGAACAGCUCAUCGACAUCAAAGUUGCUCACCCGAUCCGGCCCAAGCCGCCCUCGGCCACCAGCAUCCCAGCCAUCCUGAAGGCCCUGCAGGAUGAGUGGGACGCCGUCAUGCUGCACAGCUUCACCCUGCGCCAGCAGCUGCAGACCACGCGCCAGGAGCUGUCGCACGCGCUCUACCAGCACGAUGCCGCCUGCCGUGUCAUUGCUCGUCUGACCAAGGAGGUCACUGCGGCCCGAGAAGCUCUGGCCACCCUGAAGCCACAGGCUGGCCUCAUUGUGCCCCAGGCCGUGCCCAGCUCCCAGCCAAGUGUGGUGGGUGCAGGGGAGCCCAUGGAUUUGGGUGAGCUGGUGGGAAUGACCCCUGAAAUCAUCCAGAAGCUUCAAGACAAGGCCACGGUGCUCACCACGGAGCGGAAGAAGAGAGGGAAGACUGUGCCCGAGGAGCUGGUGAAGCCGGAAGAGCUCAGCAAGUACCGGCAAGUGGCGUCCCACGUGGGUUUGCACAGUGCCAGCAUCCCCGGGAUCCUCGCCCUGGACCUCUGCCCCUCGGAUACCAACAAGAUCCUCACCGGUGGGGCGGAUAAGAACGUCGUCGUCUUCGACAAGAGCUCGGAGCAGAUCCUGGCCACGCUCAAAGGCCACACCAAGAAGGUCACCAGUGUGGUCUUCCACCCUUCCCAGGAGCUGGUGUUCUCUGCCUCCCCGGAUGCCACCAUCAGGAUCUGGUCGGUCCCGAACGCCUCUUGUGUUCAGGUUGUUCGGGCCCAUGAGAGUGCCGUGACGGGCCUCAGCCUCCAUGCCACGGGCGAUUAUCUCCUGAGCUCCUCCGAUGACCAGUAUUGGGCCUUCUCGGACAUUCAGACGGGGCGUGUGCUCACCAAGGUCACCGACGAGACGUCUGGCUGCUCGCUGACCUGUGCGCAGUUCCACCCCGAUGGGCUCAUCUUUGGAACAGGCACCAUGGACUCUCAGAUCAAGAUCUGGGAUCUGAAGGAGCGCACCAACGUGGCCAACUUCCCCGGCCACUCGGGCCCCAUCACCAGCAUUGCCUUCUCUGAGAACGGGUACUACCUGGCCACGGCGGCCGAUGACUCCUCCGUCAAGCUGUGGGAUCUGCGCAAGCUGAAGAACUUCAAGACCUUGCAGCUGGACAACAACUUCGAGGUGAAGUCCCUUAUCUUCGACCAGAGCGGUACCUACCUGGCCCUCGGGGGCACGGACGUCCAGAUCUACAUCUGCAAACAGUGGACAGAGAUUCUCCACUUCACAGAGCACAGCGGCCUCACCACCGGGGUGGCCUUCGGGCAUCACGCCAAGUUCAUCGCGUCCACGGGCAUGGACCGGAGCCUGAAGUUCUACAGCCUGUAGGCCCGGCCCUGCUGGCGCCAGCGGGCCUCAUCUCAGUAGUGGGCAGAG